AUGAAUGAGGAGAUCGAAGCCACCUGCACGCGCUUCAAGCUCGAUGACGGGGUGCGGAACCGUCUCACCAACGCCAUGCGGAACCGCGCUACAACAUUCAAGGAGGAUAUGCGAACCUUGAACGAUGUCAUGCGAGCUGCAAAGCACCCAAAAGGAGCGGUGCAGCUGAAGCUGCGUGAGAUCGAACGAGGGACGUUUUCGGCGCGUAGCUACUCGCCCCUCGGGCCUACACCUGCUGAGAAGCAGGACAUGGAGCGAGCGAGAGAGAAGGAGAAGGAGAAGGCCGCGUCUGGUGCUGGAGCCAGUCAGCCAGUCCCUGUCACCUGCGGAAUGCUAAGGAAAAGAACGGUGAGAAAAGGGAGAGCCCGGAGAGGCAGGAGGUGUUCUAAGGCUUAG